AGCCCAUUGCCUGACUCCUCGACUCCAAAGAGCAAAAGAAGAAAAAGAAAAGGUGGGAGGGGGAAAUUCACACGUUGGUCAGCUGCUAACAGAGAAGAGCGCGUUUUCUGUUGCUCCAACUUCUGUGUGUCUCAACGGUUAUUAUCUUUGACAUAAUCUCUUUUCAUUUAUACAACAUGAACGGUCUGAACGACGAACGCAUGAUUACGCAGACGUUUCUUUACGGCUGUGUGCUUGAACCUGGGAAGGAGGUGUUUUUCAAUCCAGAGGAUGACGACUUUGAGCAUCAGCUGGAUUUGCGGAUGGCGUGUGCUGACUCGACCACAAAAGAUGAGUUUCACCAGGUGGAGAUAGAAGGAGAAGACUCAGACGGUCAGAAGGUCACGGCAGCACUGGUUUCCCUGAAGCCCUCCACUUUGCCAAGUGUGUGUCUUGGGGGUUUCACAAUAACACCGCCAGCAGUUUUCCGUCUUAAGGCUGGUUCUGGUCCAAUUCACAUCAGUGGACAACACCUUAUAAUGAUGGAAACUGAUCGGUCAUUUGAGGAGGAGGAUGAUGAUGACGACGAGGAGGAGGAGGAGGAAGAGGAGGAGGAAGAAGACCUCAAAACCUCCAAAAAAAGACCCCUCACAUCCCCUGUCUCCAAAUCUCAGAAAAAAAUGAAAAUGCAGGUUGAUGCCGAGGAGGAUGAUGAUGAUGAAGAUGGUGAAGAAGAGACCCCUGUUAAGGCCAAGCAAAUGCUGUCCAAACCACAAAAGUCUGCUCAAAAUGGUAAAGGUUCAAAAGCCAGCACGCCCACCCCAGCUGGUAAAGGUUCAAAAGCCAGCACGCCCACCCCAGCUGGUAAAGGUUCAAAAGCCAGCACGCCGACCCCAAGGGCAAAGACCCCCAAAGGUAAAAAGAUCGGAUCACCCAAAACUCCGGUAACCCCCAGGGAACCUUUAACGCUUCCUGAGAUCCAAGCAAAGAUGACAGAGGCAAUGAAGAAGGGUGUAGCACUGCCCAAACUCCAGCCCAAAUUUGAGAACUUUGUGAAGAAUUCCUUUAAAGUCUCAGAUGCCAAGGUUAUUGGUGAGCUGUGGAAGUGGACACAGGCUCAAGCCGAAACUAAAUAAAAUAAUUUUUAUUGUUUUUUUUAUAAGAGAUCGUCCAAUAAAUACCCCUCUGUAUCUCACUCAAACUCAUUCAAAAUCUUGUCUAAUAAACAACUAUAAGAGGUUAGGUACAAUUGCUCUAGCCCAUUACUGAUUUUAUGCAAGGAUUGUUAAAUAAAUUUACUUUUGCACAUGCCAA